UUAUUUUGAAGGACAAAUGUCCCAACCGGAAAACGUCUUCACAGAAAACUAUAAUUCCACUCAUACCUCCACAACACCUUUAGCAGUAUAUGCACGAGCGUUUGUUAGUGACAGUAGAUGCAAACACAUAAAUUACAUGAUACAUUUACAUAGUUUUACAGUAUUUACUGCUACAGCUGAACAACAGAGUGGUUAAUCCGGUGAGAGAGUCUCCACAGGGCGGAGAGGUAGGGUAGAGACAGUAUGUGGAGCUGCAGUAUUUGGGCUCUUCUGCCUCCCGUCUACACUGUGCUCAGUGCUGCGGGACUGUGGGCGGUAUACUUUGUUGCUGUCAUUCACAAGACGAUAGCACCUCUGGGUUCUCCAUACAAGAGAAGAAAUGGGUCCUUAUAUCCUCCCUACAUUAGUAUUGCAGGCAACUCUCCACCUGCCAGCUGCAUCUUCAGCGAAGUCAUGAACCUGGCUGCUUUUGUGGGGUUCAUUAUUGCUUUCCUCAGAUACCUUCAGCUGAAACACACGAUGGUCAAUCAGUGGCUGAAUGCUGGCAGUCUGUUGGCUUUCUCUUUUGGCUGCUUAGGGAUGACUCUUGUAGGAAACUUCCAGUUAUUCACUGAGGAGAUGAUCCACAACUUUGGCACCUUGUUGACGUUUGGCCUUGGAACGCUGUUCUGCUGGCUGCAGUCCUACAUCACCCUGAGAGCCAACCUGAAGAAUGAAGGGAAGAAGGCCGGGAUCCUCCGCUUCCUGCUGUCCGGAUCCAUCUCUCUCUGCAUAAUACUCUACUUCUCCCUGAUGUCUCAGGGCUUCCACAUGCAGGCGGCUCAGUGCCAGUGGGCGCUGGUCAUGUUCUUCCUCAUCUUCCUCAGCACUUUCGGCAUAGAGUUUCGGCACAACCGCUUUGACAUUGUGUGUACAGAACAUUCAGGGCGACCUGAAAGCCUGUCGGACACUUUUGAAGUGUCCAGGUACCAGCCGGACCCACUGUAAGGAUGUUACAUUAUCUCAUGGUUAAAGAUGUGCAGGUUUAGCUGCAGGAAAUGCAUGCAGCAGCAACUUUGAGAUGCUUUUAUUCUAUCCAAAAAAACAUUUUUACACCAAUGAUUUACUUUACUGUACCCAUUAGUUUCACAUCAUGACGUAAUGUGUGCAACUUUCUCUUGACACGUUUUAGAAGUAGAGACUCUGCUGGCUUUAUCAAUCAUUUCCAUUUAUAUGUAAAGGUGUUUUAAUGAAUUAGUUAUACCAACAUUGUGUUGACACUGCAAACAUGUACGUUAUUAUUUUUGUAACUGUUUUUAAUGAUUUACUUUUGGGAGAUAAUUAAUGAAUCUUGAAUGAACCUAUCUUUAAAAAUGGAAGUUUGCACAGUGAUAUAUCAGUAUCAAUAAAAUAUAGCAACGACUGGGUCGAUAUAUUGAGCAUCUCAGAGUUUUCGUACCCGGUGGUUUUUCAGUAGAUUGUGCCAAUGAACAUGAGGGAAUUUUUAAGUCUGUAUUGUUCAAGUAACUACAACAGACUUUUGGAAAGAAGAACCUCAAGCUAGCAAGAUGACUUGCAUCUUGGGGAAUAUUAUAGUCUACUGUUAAAAACAAUAUUAAGUUUAAGAUGUUAAGGAUUUAAUGUUCUACUGCCAGAAUCUAUGUAGAAGGAUUUAGAACUUUUCAAAUUUGAGAAAUUAUGUAUUUGCAACUCCUACAUUUUUAAAAGGAAUAGUUCACUAUUUUGGGAAAUACAAUUGCUUUCGUGCAAAAUAUGUAAAAAGAUUGAUGUUGUAUAAAUCUUCUCAUCUAAAGCGGGCAAAUAAACAAAUAUACCUACAUGUAAUAAUGA